AUGAGCCUCAUUACAAGUCUUGGGAUCACUACUAACUGGGUGAUGUGGAUUGAGGCGUUGAUAGGAUUGGUUUUUGUUCUAGCAAGAUACUACACGCGAAAGUUUGUGAUUCACAGCGUCGGUUGGGAUGAUUACUGGAUUAUUAUUAGCUUGGUAGGGCUCAAGGUUCAACAUUGAUUCAUAAGUGAUGUGGCUAACCCAUUUUGAAAAGGUACUCUUCUUCUUGUUUUGCGCUUUCACAACUGCAUCCUCGUUUUCAGGAUUAGGAGCUUUGAGAAAAGACCUAGAUCCGGCUGCAUAUUCGAUGGCCAUGAAAUGGGAACUUAUUGGCCAGUCGAUUUGCAUCUUCGCCAUUCCGACAAGCAAAAGUUCGGUCGCCUUGUUUCUUCUCCGGAUUGUGGUCAACAAAUGGCACAGGUACAUUCUCUGGUUCUGCAUUGUAUCCACGGUGAUUGCGGGCUGCACAAGCGCAAUCGGCAUUUUCUUCCAAUGCGUGCCAGUCCAAAAGAUAUGGGAUCCGACAGUGGAGGGAUACUAUAAAUUGAAGUUCAUAUACAUGGGCCUCUUUACCGCUGGUAAGUGAACGGUUUUUGCCACAUGAAAUAUGUUAACAAUGUACAGGUUGGUCUUCCUUAAUGGACUUUGUUCUGGCCCUGUUACCAUGGCACGUCUUAUGGUCUUUGAAUAUGAAGAGAAAAGAAAAGUACACAGUGGCAAUCGGGCUCAGCCUGGGGGUUUUGUGAGAUUUGUCCUCUCAAAUAUGACAAAACGUGUAUAGGCUAACGUUAAUAUUGCACAGCGCAGGAGCUUGCGGCAUCGUUCGGACAAUUUUGCUUCAAAGCCUUAAUGCAGAAGAGUAUAUCCGUAAGCCCUUAUCCUAGAUUCAAACUUGAUAUAUUGACUAACCUUGAUAGAUGACACUGUCCCAAUGGUCCUUUGGUCCUCCACCAAACUUCUCGUUACCAUAAUAUACGCCUCCGUCAUCGUUCUUCGCCCGCUGUAUGUGAAAAUACGUCGGGGAAGUAAAGCCGAUAGCUCAGACGAGCCUCAUAGCUUCCCACUCCCAGAUUACCCGAGCAAGAGAAAGUAAAAACAUCUUAAAAGAUUGAGUAGUGUCGAGCCUGAGACCAAAAUCUAUCAAGGUGUUGGCAUGACAAACACGACGUCGUCCGCGAAUAAACACAACGAUCCCACAAAUACUAGCGAGGAAAGCAUACUCAGAGAACUCCGCGAGGACGACUUCCGAUUCGGCACCAAACAAGGCAUUAGGAGGACGGACGCAGUCACAGUAACAUUCGAAGCAAAAAAUGGGGACAAAUUUAUUGCAUGCGAAGCAAGAGGAGAGGGCCAUGAUUAG